AUGGACGACGAAGCUCCAGGAGCUGCCCAAACAUUCGCGGCGGACGCCGACGUAUGCCAGCAGCUGUUAACUCGCUACACCCGUUCCUCAGCCGUGCAGCACCGCCACUUAUGUGCCACCGCCGCCGCCACCCGCUCCAUCAUCCAGUCCUCCUCGCUUCCCUUAACCCCACUUUCGUACUUCGCCGCCACGAUCACAUCCCUUUCCGAUUCUAAAGCUCUGGAUUCCAAUGCCCUUGGCGCUCUCACCUCUUUCCUCUCCAUCGUGCUCCCGUUGGUGGGCCGAGGUGAAAUUAAGCCGGAGAAAGCUGUGGAGGCAGUCGAUGUGUUGGUGGUGGUGGUUGAGGAGGGUGGGGAUAAGCUGGGUACGUCGGGUGUUAGGGCUGUGGUGAAAUGUGUCGGCGUUUUGGUGGCGGAAUUUUGUGAUUUGGGGGAGUGGGACUCAGUUUCUCCAGGAUUCGAGUGGCUUAUUAAAUUCUCCCUUGAUAAGCGUCCUAAGGUUAGGAAAUGUGCACUAGACUGUCUCGUGACAGUUUUCAAGUCUUUCGAGUCCUCUGCUAUCUCCAAGAGGUCGUGUAAAUCAAUAUACAAGUUGCUCAAAAAGCACAUACAAUUGGCUAAUGGCAUGCACACAUCAGAAAUUGUUGGUGGAGGCAAUUCUGAAGCAACAUCAAAGCCCGAACACCAAGACUUCCUUCAUUUGCUAAAUUUGAUUAAGCACAUUGCUCCAUAUUUCUCUCCCAAGCUUAGUAAGAAAAUGCUUUCACAGCUGUUGAAGAUAUUGAGUUCGAAGUUUUCAGCUGUUUCCAGGCACAUGCUGGACGUUGUUUCAGCUAUACUUGCAACUUCAGGAGCUGAAGUUAAUAGUUCUAAUGUCGAAGAGGUUUUGAGGCCAUUGGUUUCCUACAUAUCUAUGGCAGAGAAGAAUCCAGUUGACAGUGUAUUGUUUGCUGCAAACUUAGUCAAAACUGCCCUCAAGAAACUUCAUGAUGGCGGUAUCAACGAGUGGGCGACCUAUAUUCCUAUACUAUCUGAAUCCUUAGCCGGUUUUCUAUCUCCCGAGGAUGAUGCGGCUAUACAGACAUCCAUCAUACUUCGAGAGCUAAUAGAUCGACAUAUUGGUGGAAAAAGCUUAACCACGGAAAGUGAAGAAUUAGGGGAUAGGAUAACUGAUGUUUCUGAGCACAAAGCAAUACAAACUAUAUGUGCGGCAUUCUUCAACGUGCUGAGUUCUUCGCCUCAAAUUCCAAGUGAACACUUUUUUUCAGUUGUAGCUUGUCUGUUUCUCAAGCUUGGUAUGAUGUCGGACGUCUUUAUGAAGCAUAUACUUCUUAAACUUGGUGAUUUGGUGAAUACUGCCCCUGCCGGUUCCGGAGAAAUUAAACAUAUCAAAGAGUGCAUUGGGUCUGCCGUUGCUGCCAUGGGACCAGAGAAAAUUCUUUCACUGAUUCCAAUUACCAUCACUUCCAAAGAUUUUUCCUGCUCAAAUAUUUGGUUAAUACCAAUUUUAAAGAAAAAUAUUUUUGGAUCAUCACUUAGGUUCUUUAUGAAGCAUAUUGUACCUCUUGCUGCAUCUUUUGAGAAAGGAUCUCACAAAGUUAAAAAGUCAGUAAUUCGCCAAGAUCUGCAGGCUUAUGCCCAUAGCUGUUGGGAAUUGUUGCCUGCUUUUUGUCGCCAACCAAGUGAUAUCCAUCAGAGUUUUGGAGAUCUAGUCAAACUCUUAAUUCCUUUCCUAAAAAAGGACUCAUUCAAGCUUGCAAGUAUUGCCAUUAGUUUGCAGGAACUAGUAAAUGGAAAUAAAAGUGCGCUUGCCUCGGCUGAGGGGUGUGUGCGGUUGGCCAAAGUUCAAAGUGCAGGAGACCUUGAUGAGUUUCCAACAGGUCCAUGGACAACACAUGUUUAUAGUAGGAAGAUAGCAAGGAAAAAUAUUAAGGCUUUGGCUGCGUGCGCCAAAGAUUUGCUUCAGGCCUUAAUUGAUGCCUUAUUUGAGACUGAGACACCUCCAGAGACACGAGAUCUUCUGAAGGGUGCUAUUGGAUGCUUGCUUUCUGUAUGUGAUGCUUCACUUGCAAAAGAUUUAUUUAUUGCUUCACUGGAGAAGCUUCAGCUCCAAGAUAACUUUGGUGGACUUGGAAAGAUGGAGUCUGAUACUGAUGGUUCAAUUAAAGAAAAUGAGAAGAAUGGUGAAAUAGAUGCCAAGAAAUGGUCUCUAAUAUUGGACCUUGCGUCUUGCAUGGCUGAAGGGUCAGAUGAAGACUUAACUAAUCUGCUAUUUUCUUUUAUUAAGCAUACUUUGCAGGCGAGUGAAGAGGUCGGCCAGAUGAAAGCCUAUCAAACUCUCAGCAGAAUUCUUGAGAAACAUCCUUGGUUCUGUGCUUCUCAAUUUGAUGCGGUGAUGGAUGUCUUGACUGGGAUGAAGUCUUCAGAUAAUUUUGCAUUGGUUAAGAGCCGUUUUGCUUGUUUGCAGACAUUGUUAAUUCAUGGGUUAAUGAGAGACAUGGAUGAGGAGAAUACUAAGGCUUUCCUUAUUCUGAAUGAGAUUAUUGUCACGUUAAAAGAUUCCAAAGAAGAAGGCAGGAAAGUAGCUUACGAUGCUUUACGUGGGUUGAGUUCCAAGUUGCGCUGCUCGUCUGAUGCUUCUUCUGAAGGUCCUUACCACAAACUUUUCACCAUGAUUACAGGUUAUCUUUCUGGCUCCUCUCCUCAAAUAAAGAGUGGAGUGGUGUCGGCACUCUCGGUAUUAGUUUACAAUGAUCCCAAUAUCUGCAUUACAAUGCCGGAAGUUGUACCAUCUGUUAUGGAGUUGUUACACAGCAAGGCAGUUGAGCUAAUAAAAGCUGCAUUAGGUUUUGUGAAGGUAUUGGUUUCAUGUGUUGAAGCAAAUAAUUUGCAGCCUUUACUAUCAGACAUUGUGGAUGGAAUUAUUCGUUGGUCAUCUGUCUCCCGUCACCAUUUCAAAUCAAAGGUCAGUGUAAUACUGGAGAUCUUGAUGAGGAAGUGUGGUCCUGCGAAAGUGAAGGCACUUGUGCCUGAGAAGUACAACGAUUUUGUGCAGGGUGUUUAUGCGAAUCGUCAUGGGAAGGCGAGUUCUAAGGAAGCCGAACGCAAAGACUCCAAACCAGAGCCUUCUGAUUCGUCUCCCAAGAUGCAGCGGAAGAGAAAACGAGGCGAAUCUGCAGGUGAGGGAAGACCCUGGAAAAGGAAUCGGGGUGAGAAUGAAAAGGGUGGCAAGGCCAUUGCUAUAGGCAAACGUUCUAAUCAAGGCAACCGACAAAAGGGCAAAUCAGACAAAUUUCAAGGCAAGAAGCAUAAAGACGGGGGUCACAGGACAACAGUUAAUAAAAAUGGUGAAAAAAGCAGCAUGCCGAGACCAGCCGGAGUUUCCAAAUUUGCCAAGAACAGGAAUGUUGGAAGAAAGGAGAGAAAACCGGCUGCUCGUAGGGCAUGA